GACCGUAUAUAAUCCUAGCUUUCAAUCAACCUCCAAGUAUUUAAGUCUCUGUAUUUCUCUUCCACAAUUUAUAUAUUCCAUAUAGAUCUUUGAUUACGACGAAAUAUUCUGUGUUUACGUCACUUCGAUACGUCAUGGCAGGCUCAAAGAAUGAGGCAAUCUCAGCAUCGAAUAUUUCGAAUAUUUCGGUAACCUUACGCGAGGAUGCUCAAGUCGUGAUGGAUCAUGACCACCUUUUAUUUAACAAUAACAACGAUCCUAACAGGUCAACCAUUGCAGUCACAAACAUACAUUCCACAAACGACACGCAGGAAGAUAUUACUCAUGAAAAGCACGCUACUAUCGAAGAGCCAACCAUCAAUUUGCAACUCACUGAAGGAUCUUUCGUGUGUCCCUGGCGCGACACAUCAUCGAAUUUCAUUCCCAAGCAUCGUCCUAUUGACGGCGACGCUAUACACCAAGGAUUAUGGUGCGGAGGGUAUUACCGUAAAGAUAUAUACGGUAAAUACUGGGUCGAGCUUGAGAGGAAAUCGUCUUAUGAUACAUUUACAUGUUUCCCCCGACUUCCUCUCGAACUACGUCGGAAGAUAUGGCUUUCCGCACUACCAGGUCCUCGCACGGUGAUUCUUCGUUUGACCACCAACUAUUAUGUCGACAGCGUACGGCGCGAAGCAGAAGAUUCAAACCCCGAUUUCAUCACCGCGAUGUUGUCUUUUGACGACGAUUUAAGCGCGGACUUAUCGCCAGAAUCUCUUCGGUGCACAUGUCGAGAAUCCUCCGAGGUGUUUUUAGAAAACUAUCGUCGUCCUCGAGGAGUGAGACCUGUAGAUGGCGGAUAUCAUCGUCCGCAGGGAUCGCGACGAGCCGCCUGCGUACGAGUUCGAAGCGAGGGCUGGAUCGACUUUGGUGUGGAUACUCUUGUUGUCGAGAAUCUCGAACAUAUUUUUACCACGCUAGCAUGUCUUCGGAGCCGCCCGGAUUUCUCCGCAAUUACUAGUCUUGCUCUUUCUGAAACCCCUGUGUUCGGACAUGAUGAUGAUCCUUGGUGGUCGGAUACUGUUCGGGUUCUCAUUGAAGAGCAAUUUCCUCGACUGAAAUACCUGUCGUUGAUUGCUAACCAUGUCAACCAGACUGCCGGGUCGAGAUAUUCCAGAGGCCAUUUCGGUUCUCGAACAGUAGUAAAAGCAACAGAUGCCACUUUCACGAAUGGGCUAAAACGUGCUGCACAAAUUGAACGACUUACAGUCUCUAAUAUAUUCCGUUCGCAAGCUGAGGAAAUAUGGAACUCCGAUCAGAUGGACGCCGCUCUUGCCGAUCCAACGAAGUUGGAAAUGCAAUUUCUCCAUGAAGCGAACGUGAGCGACUGGGAAAAUAUCGACGUCACGUUAGCUUUUAUGGUGUAUAGGGAGAAAGACGGCGAGGUUUUAACCAUUGAUGGAAUACAGCCUGCAUGCGAAACCCAUCGCCAUUUCAUCUUUUCUCCUUACCCCACUAGCAAAAUGCAUAUUCGUUGGUGGGGACACGAGUACGUCAUUCCGAUUGAUGAGAACGGGAUAGUGGAUAGCGAGAGUUGGGGUACGAGAGAACUAUGUAAUGAGCAUAAGAUAUUCAAUAGAUGUAAAUCCUCGCCACGGCCUUGGAAGUGUGGAGAUAAUAUGGUGAUGAGUAGAGGAAACUGUUGGUUUAGAUACAGUUGA